GUGAUUGACUCCGGGCUUAUGUGGACUGACGACAGUGCUGUGGCUAUCCGCUUCCCAUUGCGACGAAUACCUGCGACGGGCGAGGACGCGAGAAAAGACUUUGCACAUCUACCGCUUUGCUGUUGAAAAUGGCCACGCUCCGGUGGUGUAUCGCGUUCGUCUGGGUCAGUUGUGUCGUUGGUGUGCAGAGUGCUGUGAUUUUGCCUAAAAUUCCGGAUGUCCUAAACCCACCCGUACCGGACGGUAUCGAUCUGGUGCAGCAGUCUGCCUUUCUCGAGAGCACCGAACAGGAUCCCGAGGUAACGCCGGGCCUGUUUCAGGGCGACAUGGCGAUGGACAAUCGGAUGUAUCGAUACUGGCGCGUAGGGCUGAACUGGGACGUGUUUCCGGAACGCGUCUGGCCGAACGGUACGGUGCCGUACGCGAUCAGCCCGUUGUACGACGUGGAUGAUCAGGUGACGAUUCUGCAGGCCAUACGUACGUUGAACUUUAUGACGUGCGUCAACUUCGUACCGUGGAAUGGGAAAGACAAAGACUUUCUACUGAUUUGGCCGAUCAAGUAUCCGAAGGGCUGCUGGAGCUAUGUCGGUAAGAUUGGUGGUACGCAGAUCGUGUCACUGCAGCCGCCGGACGAUCGCAGCCCGAACUGUCUGGGCAAUGAGGGCCGUGCCAUACACGAGCUGAUGCACGCGCUCGGCAUAUUCCACGAGCAGUCACGUGCCGAUCGGGACCGUUUCGUGAAGAUCAUAUGGGACAACAUCAUACCGGCUUUCAAGUCAAACUUCGAGAAGCAAUCGCUGAAAAAUACCACCUACAGCUUCGAGUACGACUACAACAGCAUUAUGCAUUAUGGCAAAAAUUACUUCAGCAUCGGCAAGGGAAAGGCCACGAUCGAGACGAAGAUGCCUGGCAUCAAGCUGGGACAACGUCAGGCACUGAGCAAGACGGAUUGCUUGAAGAUCAACGAUCUGUACCGGUGCCUGGAUAAUCCUAAAAUUAGCAAAAAAUACUACAACUUGUGCAAGACCCUCGGCAUCUAAUGUCGCCACGAUGAAGAACAGGAAGAAAUGUCUAUCCACUUCCGGUUUGUAGGGGGUACCAUUAGAAAGUUAAUUUAUUAUCUACAUUUAACACACCAUCACUCUCCUGUGUCUUUUCUUUCCGUAAGUUAAGUCCAAUAAACGAAAAGUGAACGCAACACAUUCUUUUGUAGUGUUUUUAAAAUUAAAAUAUCUUUAUUUUUGUAUCUUUUCCUUUUUUUUCUUGUCUGAUCUUCUGGUUGGACAUAUUUCAUUCCCAGGUGGCGGGGAAUCCGAGAUAGGGAUGGUGUGGGCAAUCCCCAUACAAAUGAAGGAUUUCAAAACGCCUCCCCUUUUCUCUCUUUGGCUCUCCCCGCUCGAUCAGUAGUGACUCCCCCCAGCAUUGGGGCAUACACAUUCCUCCUCCUUAUGGGCAGCAAUCGCCAACUGGAAGAGAACUUGUACCGCAAGAAAGGAUCAUCAGAUAACGGGUCGAUUCGAGGAUAGGAAGAGAUCAAGGGGAAAACGUGAUUUUUUUUUUCGCGAAAGCCGUGAGUGUGUUAGAUCGAGUUCGACGACGACAGCGCCAGCGA